CUUCCGGGCUUCCCCCACGUGAGUUCGCCUCGCUCCGUCUUUCUCCGGCCUUCAACCAUGCUGGUCGCCCGGGCUUUGCGAUCCGCCGCCGCCGCGCGCUCUUCUCUGCCGCUCCUGCCUUUGCAGGCAAGCAGCGCGCAUCGCCCCGCUGUCGCUGCGGCCGCUCGGCCUUUCAGCCGCUCUCUCUGGGUGCUCCGCGGCUCCGGGAAAGGCCUUCCCGGCCUUCUGCGGAGGGGCUUCCCCUCCGUGUCCUGCAGUUGCGGCGGCCUCCAUACCGAAGGUGACAAGGCUUUUACUGAGUUUCUAAAUGAUGAAAUCAAAGAGGAGAAGAAGAUCCAGAAACACAAAUCCUUGCCGAAGAUGUCCGGAGGGUGGGAGCUGGACAUUCAUGGCACUGAAGCCAAGCUCACAAGGAAAGUGGCUGGGGAAACGAUCACUGUCUCCUUCAAUGUUAAUAACAGCAUUCCACCAUGUGUUGAUGAACCCCCAGAAGAACAGAAGGACCAAGAGGCUGAGCCUGAGCUGACAUCCACCCCAAACUUUGUUGUAGAAGUAAGCAAAGAUGAUACCAAGCAAACUCUUGUGCUGGAUUGCCAUUACCCUGAGGAUGAGAUUAGCCACACCGGAGAAGGAGAAAGUGAUAUUUUUUCCAUCCAAGAAGUCAGUUUCCAGCCAAGUGGAGAUUCAGAAUGGCAGGAUAACAACUAUACUCUCAACACUGAUUCUCUAGACUGGGCCCUGUAUGACCACCUGAUGGAUUUCUUGGCUGACCGAGGAGUGGACAAUACAUUUGCAGAUGAGCUUAUGAAACUCAGCACAGCCCUGGAGCACAAAGAGUACAUUCGGUUCCUUGAAGAUCUGAAGCAUUUUGUCAAAUGUCAGUAGGCUGAGUGAGCUGCGUGGAGAUCAAUCUUUCUUUCGAGGGAGUUUGAGAGUGGGUUACCUUUUGCCCUCCAAAACCUGGACUCUAGUUUUAAAACCCCGGGAAACGACAGAAGAGGGAAUUGAAGUUUUUCUUUGGAGUUGAUUAUAUCCACUUGGGGGUUAGAGGGGAAAUGGGACAUUAUAGCCAUUUUGCAACUGUAGGCCGUCCAGCUGUCAACUAGAUUGAGGAGGUUUGUACAGUUUAAAAAGGAAAAUAAAUAAUGUGAAACUAAAAA